GAUAACUGUAUCAGUAUAAAACACUGCUUUGUUAAAUAUGCAGGUGACACUGUUUUCUUUUGGCGCGUUCGACGCCGGUCAUUAGUUUUUUUUUCUUAAUUAAGUGUUGUGACUGUGCAUAAUUAAUAUUAAAAAAAUGAAUUCGAGUGACGUCCUCGAGAUUAUACUACCAACGACAACUUUAUUACCUUUUUCUAUAUAUAUGCCAGAAAUUACAACUGGAUUACCAGAGACUAGUAGUUUCUUCGGUGAGACGUCUUCAGUUAUGGGGGAUGCUACUUUAUUAGCUGAUAGUACCUCUUUUCUGGCCGAAACUACUACUUUCCUGCCAGAAACAACUACAGGUGCAUCUGAUUUUAGGUCAUGGCUGACGGAUAUUGUAUUAAAGCGCGCAGCAAUUCAGGGCAGUUUCUGGCAAGGGUUUCUCGCCUCUCUCUCCGUGGUCAUCGUGUCAGAGCUCGGUGAUAAGACCUUUUUCAUCGCCGCCAUUAUGGCGAUGAAACACCCUCGAGUCAUAGUAUUCGCUGGGGCCAUAUCCGCUUUGGUCUUUAUGACAAUAUUAUCGGCUGCUUUUGGAUGGAUAGCUACGGUGAUACCUCGGGUAUACACGUAUUACGCCAGUGCAGCCCUAUUUGCGAUAUUUGGAUUGAAGAUGUUAAGGGAUGGAUGGAAAAUGAACCCCAAUGAGGGACAGGAGGAAUUGGAGGAAGUGCAAACCGAGUUGAAGAGAAGAGAAGAUCAGGAGGAAAAAGAAGAAACAUUAGACAUGAUAGAACAAGGACAACAGGAGAGCAGACGGCGGAGACGGAACGCCGUAUUAAAGGUGUUGCUGCAAGCGGCAUCGCUGACUUUCCUCGCGGAGUGGGGCGAUCGAUCGCAGUUAGCGACCGUGGUGCUAGCGACGCGGGAGGACGCGGUCGGUGUCGUGGUAGGGGGGUCGUUGGGGCACGCCCUAUGCACCGGACUAGCUGUUAUUGGGGGUAGGAUGGUAGCGCAGAAGAUAUCUGUAAGGACUGUUACAAUAAUCGGUGGUCUAGUGUUCCUGUUCUUUGCAGUAAGUGCUUUGUUUAUCGGCCCCGGUGAAUAAGGGCAUAACUUGUUUAUAUUGUAUAAGUGACAAUAUGUAUAAUUGUUGUAGCCUAGUGAAUCCUACAAUGAUUUUAUAUUUUAUAUAACUAGGAUGAUGCUACGUAAAAUCUUCAAUUAUCAUAAGAAAUCAAAUGUUAUUGGGUUAAACAAAAUGAUGAGAUUGUAAUGCAUUUACCUGUGAGGAAAUUUCAAUUUUAAAUGCCUACUGUGCAGAGAAAGAGAGAGAGAGAGAGAGAGAGAGAGAGAAAGGGAGGGAGAAUAUUUUUUUAUUUGAUGCUAAACAUGUACGGUACAUGUUUAGCAUUAUCAAAUUCAACGUGGGAAUUAAUUAAGUUUAUGUAUAUAUAAAUAAAUAUUUCUCUUUCCAUCUCUCUCUCUCUUACAGUUUUAGAAUUAUCAGUAAUAUAUUUUCAUGAAAAUUGGUCGUUCUGUGCGACCAAGUUUGAGGUUCUUUAUUAGGCGAAUUAAUUUAAUUAAUUUCUUUACUAUCCUAAUUAACCCAUUCAAUACGGAGAGCGCGCCAGGGCGCUCUCCAAUGUUAUACCUUGUGACGGCAAGCGCCUCGAGGCGCUCUCCCCACCCUUACCCAAUGACGGCGAGCGCUCCGAGGCGCUCGGUUUCCUUUAGUUUCAAACGUGCUUUAGACCGUUCCAGUCACUUGUGGAAGCCCGUUAUUUACUGGCAGUCACUCCUAACAAUUAACUAAGCCAUAUACGUAGAAAAAGUUGUGCCGUCAGUGACGGCCGUUUAUGAAAAACUAAGCCGUAUACUGCAUAGGGAUCUCAAUAUGGCCGCCGUAUUGAAUGGGUUAAGGCUACCAUUAAUACCAGGAACUUGUGCAGUAGAAACUUUAGUAAGAAACCCUCAACUAAAUUAAAUACAUGCCUUAUUUAAUAUGGAAUGUAACUUUCACGGAAUCUACACAAACGUGUAACGGAAAAUUGAGUUUGUGCAAUAUUUAAUGACGUGACAGUGUUGCUGUGCAACUGUUGAACGUUUAUAUGCAUUUUGUAAUUAUUAUGUUUAUUUGAUAUUUGUGUUAUAAACUACUUCUGUCUGUUGUGUGUUAUUCAUAAUAAUUACUUCUAUAGUCAGCAUCAAAGUCGUCUAAGUUUUGAAUUUUGUUGCUGACGGUAUUAUGUAAGACACUACUCAGUGCAAAAUUAUUCAAAUUCCGCUUUUUUGUUAGAUUUUUAAUUUUUAUAACUCGAUAAGAAAUGAGUUUGUAGGUUGCUAUUUGAGGUACAGUCAGCAUCGAAAAUCGAGGAACACAUUUAAGAUUUUCUAAUGUAUGUAUGUUGUAUAAUUUAGCUAUUUUUUUUUUUUAUUUUGAUUCUGAUCCUUACGAUAUUCAGCUAGUUUUGGCGCUGUUUCUUUGUAUCUAGCAUAAUUAUGUAUGCAAAUAUGUUUAGGGAUUUUAGAAAUUUGUAGGUGUUUAAAGAUUUUUAAUGCUGACUUGAAAUCUAUUGAUUACGGAACAAAUUUUAUUCAGGAAAUCAUGAUUUAUUUUGUAUAACCUGUCUGAUGAAACUUUGCUACCAGCGAAAUACGUCGUAAAACGAUUAAUUUCGUAUUCCUUAGGAGUUUAUAUUAAAUUAAUCGUAAUACGAUUCGUAUGAUCCGGCUUUCUUAAUUCCACUAGUCAACUCAAGUUUCAUAUAUUUUCGAUGUUCCUCAGUAUUAGUUAAGGACAUUACCAUACUGAACGAUAAAUACUUGACAUGCAUUCUCCCAGAGCGUUUUGGUAACAACUUCAUUGCAUCUCAUUCACUAUUGUUCUUUCAUGAAACAUAUGGCAUUUUCAUGUAAAAUUCCAUGUGAAAAUUUCAUGUUGAAAGAUUAUGUUGUUGACAUUUUGAAAGAUUUUUCUGACAGUAUUGGAAUAGUUUAUUUUAGGUAACAUCAUGUUCAAUUUGAAAUAUAUUUAACGCUUAAGUAAUUUUAAUGCUGACUGUACAAUAGAGAAAUUGUAUGCAUGAUAUGUUGACAGGAGUGAAUCUAAUCUGGUAAUUAGAUACGAGUAUAGAUAUCACGAUAAAAGUUAUUUUUAACCGACUUCAAAAUGAAUAAGGUUCUGAAUACGGUUUUUUUAUGUUUGUUACCUCAUAACUCUGUCUGAAAAUAUAUACUUACAAAUUGGUCCCAUGGAAAGUAGUUCAGUAUAGUUUACGUUUUUAAAUAAAAAUAACUGGUUUUGACACAAUUGAACUUGGUUUUUUUGUGGGACACAAUCUUUAAUUAUAUAGAAACAUAAUGAUAAGAUCUGUUUCAAUAGAACUUAAUAAAAAUUUAAACAAACGAAUGACUGACCCGGCCAUGAGACAGUCUACUUAAGUCCAAUAGUAAUAUGAAUAACAACCAAUUGAAUGUUUCGAUCUGUUGCUAACUUCGUUUAGUUUGUUUCUGUGAUUUUUUUUUUGAUGGGUGAAAAUGGUAUGGUAACCCCGCCUGCGCUAACGGGAUACGCUGACGUAGCACCAGUGAAGGGUGAUAGAUGAGAAUGAAAACAGGCCAGUUGAUGAAUCUCAUCAUGAUGAAUUCAUCAGGAAUUAACCAUGAUAGUUUCCAGGGAGAACCGCGAAGAGGAUGAGGUCGACCUGGUUGGGUAUAUUGCUAGCAAUGAGAUUCUCAGUCUACAUUACUAACAAUCCCUUUCCCCCCUGUUUCUGUGAUUAAUUCAACAAAACUUGGUCACCUUUUCAUUAAGUUUUAUUGAAACUGAUCGUAUGAUAAGGUUUGAUAUUGGUACGUUAGUAUUAAUGCUAAAUCUUUUCUAAGCCAUUAUCUUUUAGAGCUGACGUCCAUUUGUCUAUUUGAUUGUAAAAUGACGUGAACUGUCAAAAAGAUAUCAUUCACUUUGCUGUUUCGUUCAUUAAUUUUAUCUUCUAAUAUUUAUGUAUGUGACUUUGUAAAGAUGUUAGGAUGAAUGAUACAUAGAAAUAUAUCAAUAUAUUUCUCUAUAGAGAUUGGUAAUAUCCGAUAUCUAUAUAUUGAGUUCUGGACAUUGAUGACAAUCCAUUACGAUAUCGCCCAUACCAGUCAAAUAUCUAUAUUUGUUACGAGCGGGCUCUUCUUUUCGUAAUUAUAUAUCGAAUAACUGAUAUCUAAUAUAUCUGUUAUUGUGCCCAAUAUAUGUAUAGAUAUUGCUAAAUAUUACCAACUUUUAUUUCUCUGACGAGGACUUUACGUGUCCGCUAAAGUAGUAAGCGAGGAUUUUUUUAAACGAUUGAAACAUUCGUUAGAAAAAUUGUUUCUUCGCCGUCAGAAACACCUAAGAUAAUUGAUUCUUGAAAAAAAAAACAAGGUUACCUUGUAAUUUCACGAAGAUUAGAAAGGAUAAGGUUUUAUAAUUUUUCAACAGGGAUGUAUAUAUUAUUAAUAUAAAUUUCUGUGGCAAACGAAAAUAUUUUUUUUAGUCAGGGCUUGACUUGGAUUUUUCUAAAUGUUUAGUUAAAUCUCAUGAUUUUGAAGUAUAUUUUUUAUAAAUUUUAAUAUGGAAUUCUUAAAUAUUAUAUUUAUACUAAACCUGGCCCUUGUCUAUUCUAAUACGUUGUCGGUUAGCGUUGUGGCUGUGAUAGAUAAAUAUUACCCAUUUUAUGCUAACCAUACUAGAGAUUACCUUUCAUUUGCAAUUAAUUUAAGACUUAAUUAAACUAAACCUUAAGAUAUAAGACAUAAGGUUUACUUUGAUAGGUUUUUUUCGAAUCGCAAAUAUUUUACAUAGAAUUCGAAUAUAGAAGUGUAAUCCAAUGUAAAAAUGAUUGAAAUGUAUUUCUCUCAAAAUGGAAAUACUAAAACAUACCUUAUUGCUAUAACAAUAAAUAUAAUUUUUAAUAUAUGCGUAAUGUAUCUCAAUGAAUUUAUCUAAUUUGUUUAUACAAUUGUCUUGUUAUUGAAAAUGGUUUUGGUGUUAGAAUGUUUCCAUGGAUGAAUGCUAGGUGUUCAUAGACUAUAGUGUGUAAAAAAAUGUAGGAGAAAUGCCUUAUAAUUCAUAAUUCUGUAAUCUGUUUAUUUGUCUUUUUCGAUAAUCAAUAUUGGCAUGUUUCCGAACGAAUUUAGUCUAUUAAAAAAUAAUAUAGACACAAAACAAAUAAUGUACGAUUAUAAAUACAUGUUUUGUUUUAAGAAAUUGUUCAUUAUUUUAUUAAUAAAAGGAUAUGUUAAAAUUGUUUAUCAACUAGGAUAAAUGAGGAAAAAACAGAUUAUCAUAUAAUACUUCUGCCAUUUUAUUUCCAUUUUCACGCUAUCUCGUGUUGUGUGAAUGUAUGAUAUUAUACUAUAUUUCGUUUAGUUGAUCUAGCGUUUCUCUACAAGAGAUUGUGAUAUGAUUUUUUGUAUGUAUGCCAAUCUGUAUACCGUUGUUUUUCAUUUAAUGUAAGUACAAAAUAUUUUGAAUGUCGUGAUCACGUCAAAUAAUGUUGCUUUUUGCUAAAUGUUGAAUUAUUAAAAAAAAAAGUAUUAUUUUUGUGUAAAAAUGAUUAAAUUAUGUAAAUAAUGUA